CCGCCCCCACCCGGCACGCGUGCGCGGAGCGGGGCGCGGCAGGGCUGCGGGAGUCUGCAGCGUCGUGGGGCGUCUCCUCCUCCUCCACCUCCUCCUGCGGCGGCGCCUGGGGGGCGGCGGGCCGGGUCUCCGGGGGUCCAGCAUGGCGGGGCGGCGGGUAGAGGUGGACGGCGGCGUCCUGGAAGGGGGCGGCCAGAUCCUGAGGGUCACCACGGCCCUGAGCUGCCUCCUGGGCCUGCCCCUGCGGGUGCAGCGGAUCCGCGCCGGGCGCAGCACGCCGGGCCUCAGGCCUCAACAUUUAUCUGGAUUGGAAAUGAUUCGAGAUUUGUGUGAUGGACAGCUGGAGGGGGCAGAAAUCGGCUCAACAGAAGUAACGUUUACACCGGAGAAGAUCAAAGGUGGAAUCCAUACAGCAGAUACCAAGACUGCAGGGAGCGUGUGCCUAUUGAUGCAGGUGUCCAUGCCCUGUGUGCUCUUCGCCGCCUCCCCAUCAGAGCUUCGUUUGAAAGGUGGAACAAAUGCAGAAAUGGCACCACAGAUCGAUCACAUGACUAUGGUUUUCAAGCCAAUUGUUGAAAAAUUUGGUUUCACAUUUAACUGUGACAUUAAAAUGAGGGGCUACUACCCAAAGGGGGGUGGCGAAGUGAUUAUCCGAACGUCACCAAUUAAGCAGUUGAGCCCUAUAGACUUAACUGACCGUGGCACCGUGACGAAGAUCCACGGACGAGCUUUUGUUGCUGGUGUUCUGCCACUUAAAAUGGCAAAAGAUAUGGCUGCGGCCGCUGUGAGAUGCAUCAGAAAAGAGAUACGGGAUCUGUAUGUUAACAUCCAGUCUGUCCAGGAACCGAAAGACCAAGCUUUUGGCAAUGGAAGUGGAAUAAUCAUUGUUGCUGAGACAUCCACUGGCUGUUUGAUUUCUGGGUCAGCACUUGGUAAACGAGGUGUGAAUGCAGACAAGGUUGGAAUUGAUGCUGCUGAGAUGCUGCUCUCAAACCUCAGACAUGGUGGCGCUGUGGAUGAGUAUCUGCAGGACCAGCUCAUCAUUUUUAUGGCACUGGCCAAUGGCGUUUCGAGAAUUAAGACAGGACCGGUUACACUCCAUACACAAACGGUUAUUCAUUUUGCUGAACAACUGACAAAGCGGUGCUCAGGACUCGCUCCUGGCUCUGUCCUCAGCAGCUGCUCCUGGAGGUGCAGCGGUACAGGUGGGGAGCUGCAGAUGGAACCCAGCGUGGGUGCGAGGCAGGCUCUCUGCACUGUGCUCUCAGCCUCUAGCUGUGAGGUUCAGACGUGGAAUUCCCAGGGACUCUGAUCCUGGACCCCACUCACAGAACUCCACAAAGUGGACAAGAGAUGUAUAGCAGGCAGGCACUUGCUUGCAUGCAGCUGACCUGAGCUCAGUCCUCACACAACGUAGGAUGCCCCAAGAACCACCAGGAGUGCCACCAGGAGCGCAGGGCCAGGGUAGCACAGCUGGGUGUGGAGAAGACAAGACAAAGCAACAGCAGCUGAAGAACUCCAGUUUUUACUCCGUGUGUUUUCCUCUGGACAGGAACUAUGGUCUGCAAUAGAGCAGUCUGUGUGGCUAGCCUGUUGAACUUCUCAAGAGUCAUUUGAUCUUUAGUUUCUUCAGUAAAAUAAGUUUGAUUUUAGAUCCUGCAUAUUUAACAGAGAAUGUGCGCUCAUCAUUUACCUGUCUAUAUUACUUACA